UGAGAGAGUUGAGAAGAGAGAGAGUGUGUGUGUGGAAUAGAAAGAAAGAGUGUGAAAGGCUCUCACCACUAUCGAUGCUGAUGUAGAUCACCGGAAGUGUUGGACAACCCAGCAGCAGCAGCACCGCCAUUACCGCCAUCGCCAUCGCCAUCGCUACCAACAACAAAUAGUAAUAAUAGUACCACUACCAACAGCAACAGGACGACCAACAGGUUCCAACACGUGGGUUCUUCGAGUUGAGGUGUAUCCAAGGCUGUGACUUCGAACCACGACCCGUCCUGUCCCGUCCCAUUCUGGACGCUUUGUGUGAACAAUCGCACAAUUGCCAUGUCGUAUCUGCCAACCAAACGACAGCGAUCGAAUACGUCGAGAGAGUCCAGCAACGCAAUCCCUCAAACCACUGCUCCUCCCCUGAGACACCAACCGAGCCACCCGAGUCACCUCAACGGGAACCUUGCCCUUUACCAGACAGCAUCGACGUCAGCUGGUUACAGCAAUGGGCCGUAUGCUACCGCCGCUACACAACCCACAACGGCACAAUCUGCCCAUCAUCAAGCCGUUACCUACGCUUCGUACUCGGCCGGUCCGGUGACAACGCAGCACAACGGUUACGGAAGCGGCGGAUACCAGAAUAAUGCUUCAACCGCGGCAUACGGUGCCGCUUCAUACAGUCCACAGCACCAGACCAAUCCAUAUGCCACUCAGUACACCCACGCUCAGGCAAGCCCUCAGCUAUCGCCCCAUGCGGGACACUAUGCCCAGUCCGCCCUCGGCGGCAUUCAGAAUGGCGCCUAUACUCAGACACAUACUCACAACCCUCAAGCCGCCUCGAGGAUGACAUAUUCACCUAUAUCUACGCCCCAUCCAACGGCAGCGGCUAUUCUUGAAUCCACGUCACAAAGAAAUAAUGCCGCCAUGGCAACUAUACAAACCCAGCAACAGCACAACAGUCUAGCAUCUUAUGGAGACGCGUACGCAACGCACACGCCGACCCAUAGCGGCCAGUACCAGACAGCGUCGCCGUCGUAUCCAGAUCCCAGCGUGACUGGACACUAUAGCCCGGCACCUUUACCGACCCCCCAGUCUCACGACGUUUCCCGUCACAUGUCGGAAGACUUGGCGGAGAAUGACGAUGAAGACGCCCAAGGAGAACCGGCAGACGAUUCUGCAGAGAUAUACACAAAUCCAGAGCAGUCCAGACCUGUAUCAUCAAUACCAACGCCGUCGACCGACCAAUCAAAACCAGGGGAGAUAAGUUGUUCAUGUAAAAAAGGACGAGGAAAGAAGAAACCCUGCAUUUCCUGCGGAUGCAGCAAGUAUGGUCUUAGCUGUAACCCUGCGUGCUCCUGUGGGGGCACAUGCGGAAACCCAUUCACUGAUCUUUCUGCCUUCUUUGGCCCCAGCGACACAUUCCCAAAGCCGUGUGGCGCCAAUCCGUGCUUCGCGACGUGGUUGAGGAAUCAACCCAAUGUCGAAGAGUUGGACGUAGAUCUAAUGGUCGAUAUGCUUUUAUCAGAUGAUGAGUCAUGGGCCCAGAUCCGUGGAUACACAGAGGCAUUCCAACAGUGGGAAGAACGAUGGAAAAGGGCACGUGACGGCAAGGGCAAGAAGUGUAAAGAUGAGAAAGAGCGGCUAGAAUUUGAGCUUUUACGAGGCGGGCUGGGUACCGUCAGACCCGAUGACUUUAAUGGCUUUCGAUACAGCUUUUGCCAGAGCCAAUGGGUGCCCGCGGAACUCUGGGAUCACUGUGCAGAGUGUCGAAUGUGCCGCUCCAGUGUUGAGUGGCAUUGUCUAAAACAUGAUCGCUGUACCGAGAAUCGCGUGUGUCCAAGCUGUGCAUCAACUACAUUGCCGUACCACCAUCAACAACCACAACCACAACAGCAACGGCAAGUCAUGUACUCAGGGCCAGGUAGCUAGGGUGGCCUUAGAAACGGAUAAGCAUGAGACAUGAUUUUCUCGCGAGAUUCACGAUACUUUCAUCUCAACGGCGUAUAUGGGGGAAUAUGGUAAAUGGCUUAGCGGGCAUUUGGACUAAGUGAGCAUAAUGGGUUGUCGGUAUAUAUGACUGCGGUGCCUAAAUAGAUCGGAGGGACGGAGGCGCUAGACAAAUGGAUGAUUUUCCGGGCCAAGUUGGCUCGGAAUAAUCUCACUCUUUAUACCUGGGAUCUAGAUGCAUCGGUUUGCAUGGCAGUAAGAUCUCACCGACGCGGGCAUACUAGGUCAUGACGAUAUGAGAGUCAGCUUCGGACGUAGGGCAGAGCCCACACAAAUUGCAAGGUCGACGUGAAUUCGAAACAAACGUGCAGAACAAGACAUGCUGGGCUUCCUCUAACUGAGGAUAAACGUCCCAAUAUGCCCUAAUUGUCGCUCAUUCCCAUACUAUACGUCGCUUUUUCGUCUCUUAUAUCCUAAUUUGACAAGCAAAUAAGGUAUAUCAUUGAACCUGGUCUGGUUAGAGUUUGCAAAUAAAAAGGAUGUAUCUACUGAAUUGAUCUCAGGCAGCUUUUACUCGAUGCUAUAGGGAAGUUCAAUGGGACACUUGAUUAUAUCAUCUUGUCAAGGUAGGAUGUCUAUAUAU